AUGACUGUCUCAAAGCUCGUGCGAUGCCGUGUUGUGGUGGCUCUCCUUACUGCUAGUGUCCCCCUGAUAUCCUGGGACUCCAACUGUCCAGUUGGGCUGAUGAACAGUACAUGCACCUUCGGACUCUGUGUAGCGAACGCCCAGGAGUUCCCUGGCGAUGAAGAUUACGUGGAAGACGAGUCACGCGAAAAAGGGGACGACGGCAUUUCCGGCGCAGGGCCGACAGGAGAUGCAGAAAUAGAGGCUCCCGAUAAGUCUCAGGAGGGUGGUGAAAGCGCAGAGCAAGGAACGGAGAAGGAUGCGAGUCAAGCGUCCAAUUCUUUGAGGGGCUCUGCAGCACGUAAGAAAAAUAUCAUUGAUUCGCAGUCGCAAGCCAGGACACAGCUUAACAAAAUUUUAUCGUCCUUUCUGGAAUCCUUUGGCCAGGAUGUAGAUCAUCCUCUAGCUGAGCAUGCUGAGGAAUCACAAAAGUUGCAUGAACUCGUUGACAAAAUUUUUGUCCCACGCCUGCAGACUGCGCCCAAAUAUCACGGCGCUCUGGAAUGCAUAAAUGAAGCUAUAUACCGUAGCCUCCUGAGCGGUCCAAAGAAGGCACCAGCCGAUUCUAAGCUGCUGCGGCGAGCUUAUGACGCCACUAGAAUGCCUCCAGUGGCACUGCAGGUUCCUUCAAUGUUUGUGGAGUUGCGCGAGGCUGCGGACAAGCACGUGUGGGAUAAAGAAAGGGCACUUGCGAGGAGGCAACAUGAGCACAAAGGCGACCCUGUGCCACGGCGGUUUUUGCUGACUGCUGAGGACCUUGUCGCGGAAUACGCAGAGCAGCCUAGGGUGAAGGAAGAUGAUCUGUCAGAGGACGAGCUGGGAAAUCGCUUGAAAAUUAUCAACGAGUGGAUAAAGCAGCAGUUCCGCCUUCGCCUCUACCAUCGUAAACGCAUUGGCACGCUAAAGGGAAACCCCCAGGAUUAUCUAGUUACCUUUAAUGCUGGCUCCAACUACGCAGCCGUAGAAAUUGAUGAUAUUGAGGGGCUUAGCUUCGAUGCAGAGCUCGACCCAGAGCCCUCUUUGGAUUUGGAGGAGCUCAGUGUGCAGCCUAAUGCCUCCGCCGAAGAGCUCUAG